GAAUAGUUUCCGGCGAAAGGACAAACAAUGACAACAACGGGGGAGGAGGCGGCGGCAAAUAUGGAGGUGACGUAAGCCACAACGGAGGAGGUGGAGGCCAUUUCGGAAGAGGUGGGGGCCAUUUCGGAAGAGGUGGGGGCCACUUCGGAGGGCGAGGGCAUGACUUCGGAGGUAGCAGAGGCCACUUUGGGGGUCGAGGAGGCAUCUUUGGAGAUUCUAGCGAAGAGAGAAACAGGGGAACAAGAGGAAGUGGAGAUGCAAACAACUCUAACAGCAGUGAAGGAGACGCAGAAGAUUCCAGCGAAGAAAAAAACAAUAGCACAAAUAGAGGAGGUAGUGGAGGCACCUCUGGAGGUGGCGGAGGAAACUCUGGAGGAAGUGGAGGUGGAGGAGGAAGCUCUGGAGGAAACGGAGGUAGUGGAGGAAACUCUGGAGGAAGUGGAGGUAGUGGCGGCAGCUCUGGAGGAAGUGGAGGUGGAGGAG